AGCAAACACUCCUCCUGGAGCUGUAGAGGAGCAUGAAGUAAGAUCGAUGCCGACUGAUUGUCUGCAGAAAGCCGUCACCUGGAGCCCGCAAACCAACAGCGACUGUUGAGUUUUUUCUCUUUUCUCGCACACGUUGAGGAGCUGCGAGACGACGGGAGCGCUCUCUUCGGGACCCUAGAGAAGUCUGCGGGGAAGCUCCUCUUGGCAUGGAGCGGCAGCUGUUCUGAUUGACUACCGGAUUUUUCCUGCAUUCGUUUAGUUGUAAAUAUUGGUACCACAAAACUGAUGAAACAGAAAUGCAGGUCAUCGUGGGUCACUGAGCUCCAUAUCUGUGCCCUGAUUGUUUCCACAGGCGAGUUGAUGUCUUCAGCCGAAUCUGAUUUAAGAGAAGGGUGACAAGAUUAAGAAGAUACAGCUCUUUCUAUAGGUUCAGCUCUUCUCAUUGACUGCUUCACAUUCAGAGCUUUGGAUCACAGUGAUGGCAGCAUACGGACAGACUCAGUACAGCCCUGCCCUUCAACCCGCAGGACCAUACACAGCGUACACGCACCACACACAAGGCUACGGCAUGCCCUCUUACAACAUAAAAACAGAGGAUGGUCUGAGUCACUCUCCAGGACAGACAGGACUACUGGGGUACUCAAACUUCAGCGGCACCCCUCCGAGUCAAAGCCUCUACAGCUACUCACACACACAUGGUGCUGGUAUUUCAUCUGGACUCUUUCAAGGGACACAUGCAAUCUCAAAUUCAACCCCAUUCAACCCAGCCCAACAAGAAUUUUCUGCAUAUUCCAGCUACAGUCAAAGUCAGUACUCUCCCUAUUAUAAUUCUCAUCACUACAACAGUCCCUACAUAACCAGCAGCAACAUCAGUCCUGCUGCAAUCGCAGCUCCAUUGGCCUAUCAGCACCCAGAGCACCCAGUUAUGAUGCCCAAUCCCAGCCCGGAGUCACAUAUAGGUACAGAUUACCACCCACCGCCCAGCCCGCCAACACCAGGUAAAGAAGAGGUAAUUCCAGGACGAAGGGGAUCCGAUAGUAAGUUGAGAGGAAGAAAAAGAGUUAUUGACCCCGCUCCACCUCUUGACUCUGAUAUAGAGCGUGUGUUUAUCUGGGAUCUGGAUGAAACCAUCAUCAUUUUCCAUUCGCUCCUUACAGGAACUUUCUCCUCACGGUUUGGCAAGGACUCAUCAAAGGCGGUGUCUCUGGGUUUGUGGAUGGAAGAAAUGAUCUUCAAUCUAGCCGACUCAAGACUCUUUUUCAAUGACCUGGAGGAAUGUGACCAGGUUCAUAUUGAUGACGUGGCAUCGGAUGACAAUGGACAGGACCUGAGCACUUACAACUUUGGGUCGGAUGGCUUCCAGAGCCCAGCAGGAGCAGGAUCUCUGUGCCUUGGGUCAGGGGUCCAUGGAGGGGUGGACUGGAUGAGAAAACUGGCUUUCCGAUACCGCAGAGUCAAGGAGAUCUACAACACUUACAAAAAUAAUGUUGGAGGUCUACUGGGCAGUCCAAAGCGAGAGGAAUGGUUACAGCUGAGGAGAGAGAUGGAAGUCCUGACUGACCUGUGGCUGACUCAAGCACUAAAAGCCCUGGCUCUCAUCAACUCCAGGCCUAACUGUGUGAAUGUGUUGGUGACCACCACCCAGCUUAUCCCGGCUCUGUCCAAGGUGUUACUGUACGGUCUUGGCUCAGCCUUCCCAAUAGAGAACAUUUACAGUGCAACAAAGACAGGAAAGGAGAGCUGUUUUGAGCGUGUGUCUCAGAGGUUUGGUCGCAGAGCGGUCUAUGUGGUAAUAGGAGAUGGAGCUGAAGAAGAGACGGUAGCCAAGAAGAAGAACAUGCCAUUCUGGAGGGUGUCCUGCCGGCCCGAUCUGGAGGCUUUGAGCCAUGCACUGGAGAUGGACUACCUCUAGAGGGCAGCAGCUGUCAAGGUUUGCGCUCUUCAUUUCCUGAGUGCAUUUGUGAACUGGUCUGUUGGGACUGAUUUGGAGUCAAUAUUCCUGACCAUCGCAGCAGAGACAUUAACAGCAGGAAAUGUGAGCAUGAGGAAACGUGGGAAGUUUAAAGCACAGCUGCAGAAAAGGACACAAAUGUGAAGCCAAAAAUGUGUCAAUCAAACUGUGUGGAUGUAAAAAAAAAAAAAAGGGACCAAAGCUUAACUAAUCCCAGGGAACUAUGGUUAGUACUGCAAGUAUUUAACAAAAUAUAAAAAACAAGAUUUCUUUUCUUUUUAACUUUUUCAAUUUUAUGGAAUUGUGUCCAAAUUGUUGCACUGAAUGCAAAAUAUUACCUUCUGUUAAAUGAGCUCUGUGGGGGAAUCAAGAUAGAUAAAAUGUUCCGCUUGUCCAGUCUUGUACUGCUCUGUGAAGAGGUCAUCUCUUUGGACAAUGCUAUUUUUAAACCUAGAAAAUUUUAUGUAAUGCACAAUAGCUUGCUUCUACUAAAAUUGUAGUUAAUUCAUGUCAAAUAGCUUUUUCGUAUAUUUAGAUAUGGUCUAUAUUUUGGCACCAGAAUGACAGUUAUUUAUUGGCUUUAAUUCUACAUCACAGUGAGUUAGUGUGACAGUUUGGCAUGAAUAUGAAAAAAAAUCAUCCAUAAAGAGUAAAGCUAUGAUAUUGUAAAAAGGUUUUGAUAAGAAACUGACAUGCAAAUGCUGUAUUUUAGACCGGUGCUUGAAAACGUACUUUGUAAUUCUGGGUUGUACAUUGAUGUCUUUUCUGUUGCUCUUUAAUUUUCAAAUAGCCUGUUUGUAAUGUAGAUAAAGUGUUAUGGCUAUGGUUGUGCAUGUGCUGAUUACAAAGCCCGUGAGCUUAGUCAUGGUUUGUAUAUAAUGCUUUAUUGUCCAUUUGUUUUGACAGUUUAAGUAGAAAUGAUAAAAAUAAAUUAAUUCCAUUUUGGGGAA